AAAAUAUUGUUUACUCAAUGAACUUGGCCUAUAAAGUCAACUUAACAAAUCUUAGGUGGACCCUGACCUUCCUAAUGUGUUGUUGGUAGUAUAAUAAAUACCCAAAAAUACUGGGCAGUUUGUCUUCUUUUUUUUUUCCCUUUCCCUGACAAGAUCCUGAUGCUUCUUAACAUAAAUGACUCGUUUUCCAGAAACAUGUCCAUCAUAGUGCCAGGAAGUAUUUGCCAUUGUAUGAUAGUUAUAUACAUGAGAAGGCUUGGGGGGAUGAGAUAAAGUUCCCUGGCAGGAUAAUCUAAACUGUUCUUUUUCUGUAAUAACCAAACCAUUCCAGGGUUAUUCAUGUUCUGUUCUCUCUGCCAGACGGUGAAUAUGAAGAUAAGAGAGAGAUUCCAGCUGAUCUGGGAGGAACAUUAUGUUAUAAUAAUGAGCCAAGCAAGAUUGGGGCUGAAGGGGCAGAUUCUUGUGCUGACGGAAAUCUCCCGAACACAGCGGAACAGCCCCCACCAGCAAAUGAUAUUACAAAGGUGCCGUGUAAAGGGGGAAACCAAUCAGAUUGCAGCAUUAAUCCCCUUACAGAACAGAUACAGGGAACAGACACACCUACUCCUAUCAUGGGGUGCAGCCUGAAUAACAGCUCGGCAGAUAAUUCUAUAUUAGAUGAUAUAAAAGAGGAGGCGGCUUCAUGUGAAGGGGGGAACCAAUCAGAUUGCAGCAUUAAUCCCCUUACAGAACAGAUACAGGGAACAGACACGCCUACUCCUAUCAUGGGGUGCAGCCUGAGUAACGUUCCCUCAGAAACCGAUUGCAGUGAAAAUAGCAAAACACUAAACACAGUUCCCACUUCCCACCAAAAAUCAGAAGCCCUACCGGUGAGUUAUAAACAUUCUUCAUUUUCCAGCACAAAGAAGAGAAACUGUAGACAGGAGAGAACUUGCACAGGGGAGAAGCCUUAUUCUUGCCUGGAAUGUGGGAAAUGUUUCCGACAAAAACGCUCAUUUAUGGAACAUCAGAGAACUCACACAGGGGAGAAACCUUUCUCUUGUUCUGAAUGUGGGAAAGGUUUUGUGCGCAGAGCAGAUGUCACCGCGCACCAGAGAAUACACACCGGGGAUAAACCAUUUUCCUGUUCCGACUGCGGCAAACGCUUUACAUUUAGGUCUAACUUCGUUACACAUCAGAAAUCUCACUCGGCUGAGAAACCAUAUUCUUGCUCCGUAUGUGGCAAAGGUUACACACAAAGUACUCAGCUGAAAAUCCAUCUCCAGAGCCACACAGCGACUCUGUCCUUUAGUUCCGGCGAAGGUUUUCCGAAUAACGCCGUGAUUCAAAGUGUCAGUGAACGCAAAACUGUUUCCUGCCCUGAGUGUGGAAAGUGUUUCAUGAGUCGCACCUCCCUCAAUGUGCAUAAGAGAGUUCACACCGGGCAGACGUGUCCUUGUUCGGAGUGCGGGAAAAUUUUCUUAAGCCGAUCAAACCUCAAAGUGCACCUACGGACUCACACGGGGGAGAAACCCUAUUCCUGCUCCGAAUGCGGCAAAUGUUUCACCAGUUACGCCAUCCUCACCGCGCACAUGAGAAUUCACACGGGAGAGAGGCCAUUUUCUUGUCAGGAAUGCGGCAAAAGCUUUUCCUAUCGCUCCGUCUUCACCGAGCACCAGAAGAUUCACACGGGGGAGAAACCAUUCAGCUGCUCCGAGUGCGGGAAGUGCUUCAGGUAUCGCUCGCACUUUAAGGCACACAACAGAGCUCACACGGGCGAACGACCCUACUCUUGUUCCGAGUGCGGGAAAGGUUUCAAACGCAAAUUGCAACUGAAUUUGCAUCAGCGAAUUCACACGGGCGUGAAACCGUUUUCUUGUCCCGAAUGCGGCAAAUGUUUUACGCAGCAGUCCAACCUGGUCGUGCAUCGGAGGAAACACGCCGCCGGAAAUACGACUUUAUUCUGAGUGACGUGAGGGAACGCUACAGAUUCCUGUCUGUGCAGAAAAUUGGAUGCAAAAAAAACAAAACAAAAAAAACAUCUUAAAGUUCAUCUUAAACUCGUUUUCUAUAAUAAAUAUAUAAAGAGAUUUCUCUGGAACUGUCAUUUAACUGCAGCGUUGCCUCACCUUCAAGUUGUAAAAUGGUCAAUUCUAACUUUUUAAUUAGUCUCCAUUUUUGAAUUAUUUCCCUUCUUUUUCUACCUCUUUGCAGCUUUCAAAUGGGGGUCACUGACCCCGGCAGCCAAACCCUAUUGCUCUGUGAGGCUCCAGUUUUAUUGUUAUUGUUCAUUUUUAUAACUUAUCUUUCUAUUCAGCCCCUCCCCUAUUCAUAUACCAGCCUCUCCUUCAAACCACUCCCUGGUUGCUAAGGUAGUUUGAACCCUAGCAACCAGAGUACCACCUGUUUGAUGUCAUAACAAGUGACGCCACAACACUUCUCAUUAUUCCAAGCAAAAGAAGGAAUUUUGAUUUAAUUUCAAUGAAAUAUCCUUUGGAUUCCAAUUUUAUUUUAGCAAUUAAUAUAAAUUUACAUCAUCUCAAGGCAUUUUUUUCUUUUCCACCUUGGAAGUGAU